UUAAAUACGCUUGUUGAUCACGCGUUGAACUCGUAAAAAAUUAAAUUUCCCGCCAAAUCGUGUUAAAAUAAGCGUGUUGAGCAAUCGUAUUUGAACUUUAACUGCAAUCAGUGAUUUAAAAUAAGCGAAAUUCAGUGGUCAGUUUCCUCGCGCCCACCACCCUCUGAAGACGCUCAGUAAGAGGUCAGCAGUGUUUACAAACAAUCGUCACAAUGCACAAAGGUCGAUAAGUUUGGAUUUAUAAGUAAAUAGUGAUAAUAGAGGAUUCGAGUCAUGGAUAAUAAUACUUGUGAAGGCAUGGUGGAAGUUGGUGUUCUUCGCUACACGAUCAUCACGCUGGUCUUCUUCAUCGGGGUCGCUGGCAACAUCGCUGCCCUCUGGAUCCUCUACAGAUCAGCGCGAACCAGGAACAAGAAGCACGUCCUGAUGCUGCGAUGUCUCGCCGUCAACGAUCUGGUGGCCGAAGUGGGCAUGUUCACCGUCAUAACCCUCCAAAAGUACGAACUGGUCCCUAUUUACUGGAGGUGUGUGGGUUUUGUGCUCCUCCGCGCCUUCGGACUGGGAUCGGGAUGUGUGGCCUUUGUCAUGGCUUUAGAGAGAUGGGUGGCCCUCACAAGGCCUUUCUACUAUCAACAGCUAGUCACCUACAGAAUGAUAAAAAUAUUUAUUUUCUCCCUGUGGUGUGGAGGAGCCUUAUUGACUUAUCUCCCUCUGUUUGGUUUCGGAUUGUACUACAAAGGAGAACCCGACGACCAUCACGAUGGAAAAUGUUGUAGAUAUAGGGAUGCCACAGAACUUAGCGACAAGAUUUAUGCUUACAUAUUUUUUAUUUUCGGUACUGCUUUGUGCUUUUGUAUAGCGUUUUGCAACCUUACCGUGAUUUGGGAACUGUCAAAAAUCCGUUCAAAUGACCGUGUGUUAGUUCGAAGAGUGAGUCGAUCUACAAUGAACAGUCGAAUAGCAGCAGCCAAGUGUCAAACCCCGGAAGAAAUAGCCUUUGCCAAGUUGAUGGCAGUAAUUUGCAUCAUAUUCGUGGUGUGUUGGGCUCCCCAAAUGAUUUCAAUUCCGUUGGCCCAGUUUUGGAAAAACUCGACUUUUGACAAAGUGUUCGCAAAAAUGGCAAACUUCCUCAUGUGUACUUACUUUACGUUGGAUCCCUACGUCUACGUAUUACAACGUUACAUAGAAAAAAAGAAAAUCGUGUUACGGUGUUGUUGCCCGCGUCGCUAUAAGGGUAGUAUCCCCACUUCUUCAGUAACAGCAGGAACGCCCACUUCCGUUCUUUUGCAUCCUCCUUCCUUUACUAGUCUCUCCGUUAUGUAAAUUUUAACCUUUUUACAAGUAUUUAUUGGUUUCUUUAAGAAAUUUCUUAAUUAUGCAACUUAUCGCGAUUGCUUAGUGUACGAGUCUUUGUUUGGAAAAUUACUUGACCCAAAUCUCGCUUGAUGAAUGAUUUAGAUAACAAAAACAUUGCAUGUUGAUUCAAAAUUUAUCUACCAGUAGGGCAGAUGUUAUUAAGAAUGUGCUUUACAAAGCAAGCAUUACUAAUUUCGACGAACUCCAUCAAGUACCCACGAGCUUGCGACACACACUCACCCCAUUUUACUAUCAAAAUUCAUAAACAACCAAGUCGCACUCACAAAUAUCGGACGACAUGCCCUAGUUUAGUUCAGUCUAGGGAUUACAUGGAUAUCGCUAAAAGCUGAUAAGAAAAUUACCAGCCCUUAGUUUUUAUCAAAAGGGAUGCUUCUAGUGAUAAUUAAUUCACCGUAAAAUGUAUAUAACGAUCUGAUGUUGUUUCCAACUUAAAGACGCUUCUUAGUUUCAGUUUUUGUUCUGUAAUUCGAUUGCAGUCAAGGCGUUUUGUGAUAGUUAUGCACGUUCGUAUUUAUUUUUGUCAUUAAUUACGUUACUUUACAGGACGGGAUGGAAACACUGUCGCAUCCGUUUUAAUAUUCAAAAACAAAAGAAACGGCUGCGUGAAACUCUUGAACUAUAAAUAAUAUGAUUACUACAUAUUUUUGUCUAUAAAGGGUGUGAAUUUAUUUAAAUAAGAAGAAACAGCGUCGCCUGAAGCUCCAUGUAGAAAACUAAUUGUUGUUGUUUACUGAUUUUAAAACAAUCAGUAUUAAGCGGAGCUUAUGUAUUACAACGAGUUAUUUUAACGAAUAAAAUAAUUUGCAGUAUUGUCUCAUAUUUUGUACAAAUAUUUGAUCAAUAUACAUAAUAUUACUAAAUAAAUAAAUCUAAACACAGCUUCUUUCAGGAUUAUUAACUAUAUUUGAGAAAUUAAUCUAUAAUAUACCAAUUAGUUUUCCACAUUGUGGCUACAAGUUUCCUUUAGAAGAACAUUCUGUAUAUUGAUAGUACAAUAGUCCAAAUUGAUAGCUUUGUACAGUUAUUAAUUUUUGGGACAACUUCUGUGUUAAUUUUUUUCUAGAAUACAUUCCAGUAUGUGUCUUUAACAAAAAAUAGAGAAUAUGUUUGUUUAUCUAGUCAUCGCCUACAAAAUGGAAAGUAGGGCUACGAAGGCAUAACAGAAUAUUUACAAAAAAGACACUUCCUGUGGUGUUAGAAUUAUGUAGAAUUACUGGAUCAUUCUAUAUAUUAACAAUAAACUGAGUAAGUAUAUGAUUUAAUUUAAGCCGGAGAGCGCUUAAGAACGGAUAGAAAUGUAUUCAUUUUUAUAGUGAUUUGUAGUUUAUAUAUUCUUUACACCUUUUGGAUUAUAAUUUUCUACACCUUAGCUUAAAGGAGAAGUUUAGAAUUUACAUAUGUAUGUACUACCGAUUUUUUUACUGGUACAGUAUUCACGCUUCAUGUAUUAAUUUAUGAUUAAGUUUUCAGCUAACUUUAUGUGAAAAACAUUUUUGUAAAUUUUGUGUGGCAAAGAGCUAACAUUGAAAAUUUUUCUAUAGUAGGUCACUGAGGUGUAAAAUUCGUACAAAUAUUGUCACCAAAAUAAACACAGCGUUAUUUUGUUUCAUGAACAUACACACUUUCACUAACCCAAGAUUGUUGUAUAUGAGUAAUUUAUUCUUAAUUUGUCUUAUUUCAUCUUCGUUUACUAACAAAAUAUAACAUAACUAUGGAUUAUUUGCAUAAUAAAUCACAGCAAUAUUAUAUUUUAUAGUUAGUUUGUGGUGCAACUUGUAAUGAAUGGUAGAUAGUAGCUUAUCUCAGGCUAUGUUUGUAGUUAUAUUUAAAAUUUCCAGGAUUAGGAUUCAUUUAUAAAUUUUGCAAUCAUUUCUGUUGUGUCGUUAAAACUGUAGAUAUACGGAAAAUCAUAAAAAAAAAUGUACUGAGUAAGGUAUUGCUUGUUCGAUUUGGUUCACCGUGUAAACAAAGAGAUUGUUUUUGAGUUCAAGAACAGUAUGGUAAUUUUGUUAUAUUGAAAUAACAGACUGAUAUUAUUUUGUGAUAUAACUGUAUAGAAAAAGGACUGUUAUAAAGAAUUAACAGUA